GGUUUUCGCUCGCUGCGAGAGAGAGAGAGACUCGCAGCAAAGCUACGAGAAGGAAGAGCAAUGGCGACACUGGAUCGCCAAAUACCAAGUCCGGAUAGCUUCAUCUGCGAGCCUUGGUCUUCCUUCGUCCGUGCAAGUGAAUUACGUCCCGUUGACAACUCAGACUCGUCCUCGGGUGAUAAAGAGCUCCACUGCCACAGAGAAGCCGUUCAGCUCAGCACACAAGAGAUGUUUGUCUACAGCCAGUUUCCAGCACUGGACGAUUUUUCUCUCGUUGUGUGCCAUGUCUGCGAUAAGGUGGUCACCCCUCAGGGCAUACUCACGCACUACGGUAGCUGGGGUGUAGUUUCCCUGUGAGACAGACAGAGAGACAAACAGUCCUGGACCACACCACCACCACCCCUCCCAUUCCCUCCCCCACCCUGCACCCUGCAAAGACAUGCAUAGCAAGAACCAGAAACGCCAUGGCUCCCCCCUCCCCUCCCGCAGCCCGCUGGUCCCCAUGAAGCCCAAAGCGCCGCCAGCAGUGGCCCCCAGUCCCGGGGACACGCUGGCCUUCAGGGUCCCGAAAGAGUUCCCUCACUCCCGCUUCAGCAAGGCACCGCUCGCCGUCUAUCCGCCGAAGGGGGCGCGGAACAAAACAUGCGUGUCUCUUCCAGUAGUAAGCCUCAAGAAGAUGCCCUGCCUCAGUCGAGGUGACCCGACGUCCCAAGUGCGCCUCACCCCCGCUCCCUCCUCGUCUUCCUCCUAUUCCCCGUCGUCCUCCCUCAAACCCGCGUCCCUCACUCCCCCGGCCUCUCAGCGCUCCGGCGAGAAGCUCACGAAUGGCCGUGGCAGCAGCAGCAGCAGUGGGCCGUCCACACCGCGCUCCGCCACGCCUCCGUCUUCUCUGGACAGGAGGCCCAGUCCGUCGCGGUCGCCCCUGGACAGACAGCUGUCGUCCACGCCUUCUCCUUCCACGCUCGACCGGAAACCCUCCCCGUCAACUUUGCUUUCACAGCGAUCUGGCGCCGCGUCGUCGUUAUCGUCAAUACUGUCGUCUUCGCCGUUGGAAAAGAAACAACAGAACGGGACGAAGGCGUCCUCCAAGUCACACAGGAGACUGUCAGGGAGAGUGUUUGAUCCCAACAAGCACUGUGGAGUCCAGGAUCCAGAGACCAAACGACCCUGCACGCGGUCUCUCACCUGCAAGACUCACUCGCUAACCCACCGACGAGCCGUCCCCGGUCGCAGGAAACACUUCAACAUCCUCCUGGCGGAACACAAGGGACGAGCGAAAGAGACGGAGAAGGACGGGGAAGGCGUGCAGGGAGCGAAGGAACGCUGCGGCCAGACUACCGCUACACAGGAGAGUCCCAGCAAGCCUAGCUGCCCCAACGGUCGCCCUCUGUCCACGCUCAAACUUCGGCUGGCAAACGCUCACAUACCGAGGGUCCCGGGGGGCUACGUCAACGCCACCUCCAGUUCUGUGCCCCCAGCACCGGCCCCUGCUGUGGCCGCUAACCCCGAGCUAUCCCCUCUCAGCUGGGUGACGGCAGCGGGAGACGAAAGUCGGGUUUCCAGCGAUGAGGGAGAGGCUGAGACUCCAGACGACACGGACCGACCUGCCGUUCUCUACUCUAAUCGCCACCCGCAGCCUUUAGGGUUUUGCGUAUACAGCAGCCGGCUCCUGGGACGUGGCCACUACGUGUUUGACAGGCGAUGGGACAGGAUGAGGCUGGCGCUGCAGAGCAUGGUGGAGAAACACCUCAAUGCACAGAUGUGGAGGAAAGUGCCUCUGGCUUCCGACAGCCUCCUCCCCCUCUCCUCCUCUGGUACCUCCUCCGUCCCUCCUCAGCAGACCUCGUCUCCCACAUCUGUCGCUUCUCCUCUCCUCGCCUCCCCCUCGGACUCCCUGUCCUGUACCGCCAGCUCCACCCAGUCCACAGCCGGUGUGCUGUGCGUCCAAGCCCACGCCCCCUUUUCUACACCGGGCAAAGCCCGUAACAGCGCCCAUAAAACCAGCCGCCCAUCCAAAGACAAGGAGGACUCCGACGUAGGAUCUAAGAAGAGAAAGAACUCUUCCUUCUCCUCCUCCUCCUCCUCCCUUUCCUCUCCUCCGCCGUCUUUGUGUUUGACUGUGGAUAAUCACAAGAGGAACGGCAGCAGCUAUCAUCCUACUUUACAAAGUUCAGGAGCGGCCGCUGCCGCUGCCUCCCCGUUCAAGAAAAAGGGAGUGGAGCGCGGCGGAGGAAGCGGGCUUUGGCACGGCGGAGAUGACUGGCUGUCGAGAUCUGACGCAUCCCAAAGCCUGAACUCGCAGAGCAGUCGCAGUCUUGGCAGCACCAGUGUACCAUACACAUCCAGAGAGCCUGCCUCCGCAGCCCAUCAGCCCCUGGCUCCGCCCUCUGCACCGCUGGCUUAUGGGGGAGGAGUGGAGGGGAGGAAGAGGAGGAGUCCGAGUUCCUACAGAGGAAAGACCGGCAAGCUGAGCAAGCCGGGCGAUCUGGAGAGCCUCUUUGGUAAAGGAAAUGACAUUGGGGGCAUACUGACAUAUGGACCUGAAUCGCCGCGACAGGCCAAGUUGCAUCACUGACAAGAACCUGUUUCCUGGACAGAACGUUGGGCAGCUGGUUCAUCACUGUUGGCGACCUUCAAUCUCACCACUGUUCCGCGAACAUCGCUGUGACAUCAGGGCUCUGGAGAUUUUCACUCACGGGGGCGGCACGGCGCGGCAGUCACUUCCUUUCCUUGAGUGUGGAUCGCUUUGAUGGAAUGCUACCGUGUGCCGCUGUGUUCGAUGUGUUUUUUUCAAAAUAAAAGACAAGUGGCAUCCAAAGGAAACUUCACGGAUGAAAAGGGAAAAUCGCCUAUAAAAAAAAAAAUCAAGUCACUAUAUUUUUUGAGGAGUAAUUUAAAGAAAAAAAACAAUCAGAUUUUUUUUCUCUUUUCUGGUUGUUUUGCCUGUGUUCUGGAAUCAUUCUGAUUCUUUUCUGGGAGAUAUAUAGUUGAAGGACUUAACUGACACGACUACUGUAGAACUCGGAUCUCAGCUAUGCUACCCCCUUUUGUCUUUAUCUCCUCCUCAAUGAUGGAGGAGACAACAGCAUUUCUCUCCACCUUUUUUUUUUUUUUCCUGUUUCUCCUUCCAUAUCCAUCCCAGAAUGCCUGUAUUCAAAGUGCACUUACCACCCCUUGACUCCAGAGCGUUUCCACAGCCGCACGAGGACCUGUUCACGCGAGGGAGGGGGAGGAAACAAACGGAGCCGCAUCAUCAUGCAUUGCAAUUUCAAUAACAGGAAGAAGUGUGACUCGAUUCGAAGAUUUUUUAUAUAUAUUUGUAUCUAUAUACAUAUAUAUAUAUAUAUAUAUAUAUAUAUAUAUAUAUAUAUAUAUAUAUAUAUAUAUAUUAAAUCUGCUUUAAAUGUUGCAAGUAACUUGUAACUAGUAAUAUGUGUCAGGACUUGCACCCAAAAAGGAAUUAUGAUUUUACGAUGGUGUUGGAUGUUUUUUGUAUGAUAAUUUAUGUUUUAAAAUGUUUGUUUUCUAAAGGACUAUUAAGGUUUGAGUCAUUUUGAGCAAAGGAAAAAAAAACAAAUUUCUUUGGCAAUUUGAAGAAGUAUUAUGAUACAAUGUGUACAUAUCUGUUAUUAUUUUUGUAUUUAUUAAUAUUGUGUGCCCUUUUAUGGAAUAUGAACUAGAAGAGGGAAUGUUUUUUUUUUUUUUUUACCUCUUGCGCCUGCGUUGAAUGAAACUGAUGAGAAUGGUCUGGUUUCUCAAAACUUUCCGAGAUUAAGCGUGUUUCGACUCGCACACGUUGGCUGAUUGUAACACAAACUGUGGUUUCUGUUUAAGUCAUUUUAUAGACUGUGUUGGCUAAAUGACAACAACCUGUGGUUCUAAUUAGGGAUGGUAUCUCAAACGAAACAAAGAAAGAAAGAAGAAAAAAAAGGGAUUAUUCGUUGAAUAUUCUAAACUCUCUAAAAUAGAAGUCGCUAACGAGAUGCAUUCAAAGACCCUGGUAAAUUUCAUGAAGUCUGCGGAAUCUACAUUGUGUUAAAAUUAGAAGAGCAGCUCCGAGAUUAGUUCAAGAAACCUCUUGAAUUUCAUCCUUUCUGCAAACACAUGUGAUGCCACUCACUAAGCGCUUACUGCUGCUGCUGCCACCACCUUAAAAGCUGUUUUAUAAACAAAUUAGUAAUAAAAUGAUCCAAUAUUUAUGCCCAGCUCUAAUUAAAAGUCAAAUCUUCACUCAAGGUCCACAUCCAUUUCUCGAGAGCUUCCAUCUGCGUCCUGCAUUCUGUGUCCCAACUCCAGACUUACUCUGUACUAUAUGCUGCUGCUCUCCUAGAUUAGUGUUGUCGAAUGUUCUAUUUUCACAGGAAGUUGUACCGUAAACGCAGGGAACCAUGUCGGUCAGGUGUCUUUUGCUGCUUAGACUUUCCAAAACAAAGUAACCAUUUAAAAAAUACUUAAUUCUGAAGCCAUUUUGCAAUACUUUAUGCAAUUUUUAAAAUUGUUCCUAUGUGCAUUAGACGCCACACUUUAAUAGAAAUGCGAUUGACGUGCUGAUUUAUUUUUUUAAUGCACUCUCUAGUGGUCGUUUGUUGCAGGAAGUCGGAAGGUGGAGGUCGUCCUCUUAAGCACAAGGUCGGGGGCUCGACGCUCGUGUGCUGAUCGGGAUAUUUACGACCUCUCUCGUCGUUUAAGUCUUUCUAAAGAAUAUUUUUUGUUAGGAAGAUUAACUGUAUAAAAAACAUUGGAAAGUAACCUCUCUCUGAACCCUAUGCGGUUCCUCUUUUCUGGUCAGGCAGAAAAACUAACCACUGGACAGAAAAUCAAUUUUUGUACUGAAAGCGUAUUCAAUUCAAGACUGAUGUAUCUGAAUUCCCACAGUGACUAUUCAGGGAAUGCUCUUUCUAGUUCAUGCCACCUAUACAAUGUGCGUCUGAUGUAAUCUAAUUGGUUUUGUGAAACCAGCCUAUGGUUUUAUUAUAAAGGGCCCCACGUUCCUGUUUGCUUGUGGUUCUACUCUGUUUUUUUUCCCCCCUAAAACAUUCAAAUCUGAAUUGUCUUCAGAGCCUGAUUGGUGACGUCUAACCGUUUUGGGUUAUUUGGGAUCAGUUCAGCGACACUGAGUGUGUGAUCUUUGUUUUUCCCCUGUUGAUGCACAUGGUACUUCACAGUGUAAAUGUCUUUCCCCCCCCCCCCCUACUCGUUCCCUCUGUUUUGAAGCUUGUUGCCACCUGUGGACGCUCACACAUGUUAAACUCGACCAUCAAAGACCAGCAGAUUUCCUUGAGAGUAGGUGGCUCUCGCAUUGCCCUACAGGCAGAAAGAAAAUAAAUCGAAAAUCCAGCUCGGUGUGUUCGCGUGACACAUCAAAGAUUGUGAUCUCGUUGCACUAAGGAGACGUUCUCUGACUCAGUGUUGAUAGCAAUAGGAAUGAGAAAGUUACAGUUGGUUGCAGCUAAAACUAAGAUGAAGCUCAUGGAUGUUUGUACAUUUUGUUGUCGCUUUGAAACUAUAGAGGUAUUGACUCUUCUCUUCUUGAAACCUUCCCCCUUUCUCUUUUGUCGUCGCACUUUGUCACAAAGAAAGCCCGCUACUUUAAUCAAUUUCUAUUUAUAUAAAUAUUUGAGAUAUGAAUCUGUCUCUAUAUUUUUAAAGGAUGGCGUCAGUAGUAAAAAAAAAGAAGUUAAACAUUAAAUAUAUUCUUGGCGGGAAGGUUCCUAAACCAGCACAAUGUUAUUAUUAUUAUCAUCAUUAUUUUUCUGUAUCUGAUCAAAACUGUGGUGACUUUUGAAUGUCUGACAAAUACUUUGUAAACAUGUUGGGUUUUAAUUCAGUCUCUCUGCGUUCAGAUCACAAGAAAAAAACAACAAAAAAACAUUUCCUAUCCAAACACUUUUAACACUUGCUGUAAAAAGAAACGGUCUUAUAUUCACGCUUUUAUUAAAUGAUUGAAAGUGGA